AUGUCAUUCAAGAUGUCCCUUUUAUUACUUUUUAUUUUAUAUUCUAACUCUGAGAGACUGUGCAUUCCUAUAGCAGAAAAUUGUCUUGAUGGAUAUAUAGACGAAUUUGGAGAACCAAUUCAACCGAUAAAUUGUCGUGAAAUUUCUGUGAAACAAAACUUUAUUUAUUCUAGAAAAUGUUCUGAACAAUUUAAUAUCAUUCCAAAAAUUUUUAUUAGUGAUACACUUUCUUUUACUAUUGAAUAUGGCGCUCUUGAUAAUGGAGAAAUUUUAAUAUUUGAAGAAUAUAGUACAGUACUCAUACAUGGAGAUUAUUCAGUAUUUAGUGGCGAUAAUGUUCAAUUACACAAAUACUGUCAACUAACUUUUGAUAAUGUAUUAACACUUAUAAACGCAAAUAUCCUUCUUCAAAAUUCUCAACUUUUUACCGUUAAAGAAACAUUGACAUUAAUUAAUUCAAAUUUAACAAUUCAAGACGCUCAAAUUGUAGUUGAAAAUUUAUCAACAGGUAAAUUGAAUUGUUAUAAUUCUACAAUUCAUAUGCUCGAAAAUUCAUUCUUUUAUAUUUCUCAAAUAAAUUUAACACAAUCAACAUUAUUUACUUUAAAAUCUCCAGGAAUUAGACAAUUAACAUCAUUUAUACUUUUCGAUUCUUAUUUUUUAAAUACUGAUGGAGAUUUAUUAUUUAACAAUAUUCAUUUAGAAUUAUAUGAUAAAUCAAUAUUAACUCUUCAAAAUGGAAAAUUAUUAUGUUUUAGAAGUAAUGUUACAAUUUAUAAUAGUUCUACUAUUUUUCUUGAAGAACAAGCAUCCAUUAGUAAUGCAGUAUAUUUUAACGCUUUUGAUAAAUCAUCAGUUAUUAUUGGUGAAAAUUCUAAAAUGCAUACUAGUAAAUCGUUAUGUCUUUAUAAUUAUUCAAAAUUAAUAAUGAAAGAUAAUAGUCAAGUUACAUCAUCUACAGGUCUACAACUUAAUGAUAAUAGUGUUAUGGAAAUAUCACAACACUGUUAUUUUACAACACCAAAAGUUAUUCUCAAAAACAGAACAAAAAUUUUGUUAGAAGAUUCUUAUUUUAUUUCACAAAAAAGUGGGCAAAUUAUAUUAUUUGAUGAUUCACAAUUAUUAUUCAAUAACGUAAUAAUUUCUACUGAACCAUUGAUGGAUGUUAUUCUUUAUAACUCAAGUAUAUUUCAUAUUAAAAGUUCAUCUUCAUUAUUUGCAAUUCUGUCUAUUUAUGAUAAUUCAUCACUACAUCUUUCUGACUCUUUUGUUUCUUUAAAUUCCAUCGAAGGAAAUAAUAAAGGUAUAAUCGAUAGUAAACAUAGUUCUAUUCAUUCUACAUUUGUUACAAUAUCUGAUUAUUUUCAGCUUCUUUUAAUCGAUACUACCUUUAUUGGCAUAGAUACUUUUAAAUCAUUUCAAAAUUCAUUUAUCUCAAUGAAAGAUUCAUCAACAGAAAUUUUAAAUCAAUGA